AUGACUGUGGUAGCAACAAAUAAUAAUGACGGCUAUAUUUUCGUGGUUGGUGGUCCUUGUGGUUGUGGAAAGAGCUCGAUUAGUGAAGGGUUGGCAGAAUAUUUGGGUAUCCCAUUUAUCGAAGGUGAUGACGUUCAUCCUGCAGAGAAUGUGAGAAAAAUGAGCGAAGGCAUUCCACUUACUGAUGACGACAGAUGGGGCUGGUUGACUAAAAUCGCUGAUAUUUCUUUCGAGAAACUAAUGCUUCCAUCAGGCGAACAAACAACACAUAAAACCACAAAGUAUGCAAUUGUUGGGUGCUCCGCCUUGAAGAAGAAAUACCGUGAUCAUAUUGCUGAGGAAGUUUCCAAGCUCUCGCAUGGCGUGAAUAUCAAGGUGGUUUACAUUUUCAUCAAUAUUUCUAUCGAGGAUAGCAGAGCCAGAGUGGCGGCCAGAAAAAACCAUUACAUGAAGCCAAACAUGGUUGAUCUGCAAUUUAAGAUCUUGGAGGCCCCAGCGGGAGAGGAAUUGUUGAUAGAUGGCGAUAGAGUCAACCAAAAAGGUACGGCCAUAGUGCUUGAUCCUAGUGGAAAGGACAAACAAGUUAUGAUGGAUGAAGUCAUCGGGGGUUUGAAAAGAGUUGACAUGAUCUAG